AUGUAUCCAGACUCUGACAUUGCCAAGAGGACGGCCUGUGGUCGGACGAAGGCAGAAGCCAUUGUCACGGAUGUACUUGGCCCUGCCUCUGUCGAAGAUUUCUUGAAAGUCCUCAGAAGACCACUGAAUGAGCAACGAGAGGCAACCAAAGCCCACACGCCAUUCUUCUCAGUGGCUUCAGACGCCUCCAAUCAUGGGACCACCAAGCUCUUCCCACUGUCAGUGCGUUACUGGACGCCAGACUUGGGAGUACAGACGAAGGUCCUAGAUUUCUAUGAUGACAGUGAUGAAACAUCUGCCGCAAUCCACAACCAGAUAGUCACCAAGCUGGAGGAAAACGGACUGCGACUAGACAUGAUAUCUGCGUAUUCUGCUGACAAUGCUAGUGUGAAUUACGGGAGAUACAACUCUGCCUUCCAGAAACUGAAAGAGAACAACAAUUGCCUUUUGAAGGCAAACUGUGUGGCCCACAUUGUUCACAACAGUGCAAAACACGCAGGAGAUCGGCUAAAUAUCGACAUUGAAAAUGUCGUCAACAAGACCUUUAGCCACUUCUCCUCAUCUGCCAAACGCACUGAGGAACUUAAGUCAAUUCACACCUUUGUGGAGAUAGAGUACCAGCCCCUGCUUAGAAAUGUGCCCACAAGAUGGCUGAGCUUGUGGCCUGCAGUGAAGAGGCUUCACGACAGCUGGGCUCCUAUCAAGACCUACUUUCUCUCAUUGGGAGAGGACGGGUGCCCAAAGUCACUAUGGCGGCUGUUCAAGGAUGACCAGGAUGGUGAGGGCAACCCCCUUGAUCUACAGGUUUACCUGUCCUUCCUCAGCAAUGCGCUGAAGAUUUUCCACGACACUGUGCUGGCGCUGGAGCAAGAGGAUGGGACUGUCUGUGAGCUCUACAAUACGAUGUUCACCCUAAAAACCAAUCUACAGCUACGACAGAGUGAUGGUUUCUUUGGGGCCCAGACGGAUGUACUCCUCCAGCAGUUUCGAGACAGACAGGCCGCUGUGCUCAGAGAGGACAUGUGCAACUUCUACCAGUCCUCUCUCACCUACCUGGAGCAGCGCUAUGACUUCUCAGACUCCAACUACCAGAAGAAAUUGGCUAGCCUGGCACUAAAGAACAGCCCAUUCAACUUCUCCCAUCUCUGUGAAGCUGUAGAGGUCCUGCAGCUAAGCAAGAAGUUGGACAUGGAUGCGCUAUAUGAUGAGUAUUGUGUCGUUCUGCCACACCAACAGGCCAUCGUGCAGUCUGGAGCUCCAGUCGGGGAGAAGUGGGCCACCUUACUCAAGCACACACACACACCAAACAUGACAGCAUUAGCUUCUUUCCUCUUGAGUGUACCAAUCACCAAUGCUUCAGUGGAGAGGGUCUUUUCACUGAUGACAGGAUGCUGGACGGACACAAGGAACAGAUGUUCGGUAAACCUCAUCAAGUCAGAAAUCCAGGUGAAGAGCAACUUCACAUUCAGUUGCAAGGACUUCUACACUUAUGUAGUAAAAGAGAAGGUUCUCCUCAAUGCUGCACGCUCCAACAAGAAAUACAAGUUCAAGAAGAAACCUGAAGAUGCUGGUGAAGAGGUUUGAGUCCUAAAGGUGUCCCCAACGUCCUAAAGAUGUCCCCAGAACACUGAACAGUUUUUUUUCCUGCGCCUGCCUUAACUAACAUGCAAGUUCACCAUCCUUCCUCCCCCUUCUCGUUCCAUGAACCUCUGGAGUCGUGAGUUCAAGACCUUUUUUUUUUUUAAACUGUUCCUGUGGUGUUGAGCAACUACAAUUCCUGUUAAUCCUAUAAUUUUACAUUAUAAUUUAUUUAAAGUGAAUAAAUUGUAAUGAAAAAUAAAUAAAAUUAAAUAGCUAAAGUAAAUCGUGAGUGGAAGUGCAUCUGUGUGUCAAUUCAUUGAAUGUUCAAAGUAUUAUGAAUCUUUAUUUAGAAGAAAAUACACAUCGGUUGGCCUAUUCAAGAGCAUUAAUCAGUAAUUGCACAUGUUUAGGGGAAUACAGCAUUAUUAAUAUACCAUGUAAGGUGGUAUGUGCUAGAAAUGUGAG